UCUAAUUGUUUAAUAUUUUUCUUAAUAGUUUUUAAUUGAUAAGCGAAAGGAACGUUAUACAAAAAUAAGGACAAAUGUAAAAUGCCCUCUCCAAAAAGAUGUUUAAGAUUGCGUGUACAGAUAAAAUGUACUCGGCCAUAUUGACUUUCUCCGUUUUUGUCCAUUUUAUGACGUCAUAAUCUGAUCACGCGACUUAUUAAUAAACAUUAUGUUAUCCAUGGCAUGAACUCAGUCUUACGAAAAUUUUGUAUUAUUUGUAUUAUUAGACAAAAUCUGUUGAUGGCUAUAGGUCAUUAACUAUUUCCCCCCUCUUCCCAGAUUGUUGUGAAAAUGACUUUUAAUCAGGAGGGGUGUACUUUGAAGUGCUGUAAAUCACCAUGGCCCACAUGGCCAGCUCCACCGCCACCCCGUUAUGAUUCCCUAAGGUCUAAAGAACAUUGCUGGGUGAGUCAAAGUCUGCCAGCUCGUCGAGUAAACGAAAUCAUUUUUUAGCCCCCUUUCCGAGCGUGGGCACCCGGACUAUUUGCCUUUUUUGCAGUGAUCUGUUACUAGGAUGUUUUUGGUGACACACAUACACACACAAAAUGCUUGACCCAUAAACCUUCACGUGCGUUAAUGAACUGUAAGCCUCGUUUUCGCGUUCUGUGUUUUGAUUGCGCGGGCCGUUCAAAGUUUCGUUGAAUGGCGGAAAACGACAUUGUUUGUAAAGCAUGUGGUAAAAUAGUUGUAAAAAGAAGUCGUUAUCGACAUGGAAUCACGCUUUGAACUUAAGGAUAACCAACUGUGGUUCCAGAGUUAUCUUUGUGUGGUAUUUUUACUGGAUUCUUUGGAGACGUAGCGAGCGACGUCGCGAUCGAAGAUGAGUUCUCGUGUCAUGGGUGACUCGAUCAAGGACUUUCAAGUUCUUGAGUUAUUGGGCAAGGGAGGUUUUGCAUGUGUGUACCGUGCCCGUUGUAUAGCCACAGGACAGGAGUUUGCUAUCAAGAUGAUUGACAAGAAGGCCAUGAAGACAUCAGGAAUGGUGGCAAGAGUCAUAAAUGAAGUGGAAAUUCACUGUCAAUUGAAACAUCGUUCUGUACUUGAGCUCUAUAACUAUUUUGAAGAUGCCAGUUAUGUCUACCUUAUCCUGGAAAUGUGUCACAAUAAAGAGAUCAACCGCUACCUCAAGAAAACCGGACGGCCAGUGGGUGAAAAUGAGGCUCGUCACAUUAUGACUCAAGUUGUCAAAGGAGUCUUGUAUCUUCACUCACAUGGCAUCAUUCACCGUGACCUGACCUUGGGAAACAUUCUUUUGACCAGAGAAAUGGAUGCAAAAAUUGGUGAUUUUGGCCUUGCAGCAAGACUAACAAUGCCUAAUGAAAAACACUACACAAUGUGUGGAACACCAAAUUACAUUUCUCCUGAGAUAGCGACCAGAGGUCCUCAUGGUCUUGAGUCUGAUGUCUGGUCCCUGGGGUGUAUGCUUUAUACUCUACUUGUGGGAAGUCCUCCAUUUGAUACUGAGGCCGUCAAGAGCACACUCAACAGAGUAGUACUAGCUGAUUAUGACUUGCCUUGGAGUGAAAAUAUAAUUUUGACAAUAUUGUCGCUAAUUUGUUAUUUUUGUCAGCUCUAUAACUAUUUUGAAGAUGCCAGUUAUGUCUACCUUAUCCUGGAAAUGUGUCACAAUAAAGAGAUCAACCGCUACCUCAAGAAAACCGGACGGCCAGUGGGUGAAAAUGAGGCUCGUCACAUUAUGACUCAAGUUGUCAAAGGAGUCUUGUAUCUUCACUCACAUGGCAUCAUUCACCGUGACCUGACCUUGGGAAACAUUCUUUUGACCAGAGAAAUGGAUGCAAAAAUUGGUGAUUUUGGCCUUGCAGCAAGACUAACAAUGCCUAAUGAAAAACACUACACAAUGUGUGGAACACCAAAUUACAUUUCUCCUGAGAUAGCGACCAGAGGUCCUCAUGGUCUUGAGUCUGAUGUCUGGUCCCUGGGGUGUAUGCUUUAUACUCUACUUGUGGGAAGUCCUCCAUUUGAUACUGAGGCUGUCAAGAGCACACUCAACAGAGUAGUACUAGCUGAUUAUGACUUGCCUUGUAAUCUAUCAUCAGAGGCUCAGGAUCUCAUCAGUCAGUUAUUGAAGAAGAAUCCAGGGGACAGGAUCACAUUGUCAGGGAUUUUAGAUCAUCCAUUUAUGACGCAAGAAAGCAUGACAAAGUACUCAUCAAACAGUCAGCUAUAUCAUCCACAGCAUGUUGUAGAGCAGUCACUGGACAGUGGGACAGGUACAAUGGCUACAGUAUCGGCAGGCUUUGGUCAAUCCUCAAAAUCCACUCGUAACAGCAGCGAGCAUUCAAAAUCCAAAGCAUUACAGGGAAGCUCUAAGAUUGAUGCCUUCACUGACCGGUCAAGUGACCAUCUGUCCGAUAUGUGGCCCAGACAUGGUAGACACCCACCUUCUCCACCAGUUAGACAGAGAGCAAGCCACAGUACUAGCACAACUGAUCAAAAAACAAGUUCCUCAAAAGAUCUGAUUCGUGGUACAGAAGUGGCACCUCCUUCAUCCUCAGGCUCCAAACAGACUGCAAACUCUGCAUCGUGGCUGUCCAAUAUCACGUCUUCGACCUUCAGAAGCAAACAACCAAAAGACUUGGAAGCUUCCAAUGGUGAAAGAAAUCUUAUCGCAAAAUUCAAGAAUUAUAAUGCCAGCAAAUAUGGCAGCUCAUGCGGAAAUACACUGGGAGACUUUCUUAAGAAUGCAACCAGUAGGACAAACACAAGCAGCAGUGGAUUCAGUAGCGCAGAGACAAACCUGUGCCGUCAAGACAAGGAUCAACAAACCGUAGCUUCUGAUCUCAGCAAUCACAGCUUUAGCAAACAGCGAUCUGCUGAGGUCAGUAAGUCUGGUUGCAAAGAGACAGGAGAUUACCGACAACAUCGUCGACGUGGCAGCAACAGUGUCACUAAAGAUUCCGGAUUAGACUUUGCCCAUGUACAAGAAGAUAGUUCUGGUGGCUUGCCAGCCACACAGACAGGUUCUGAGCAGCAAAAGAGAAACUGCAAAAGCAAAUCAGAGACAUCAAGAUCUAAGUCUCUGGGCGACAUUGUGGAACCUUUGAACUCCACGAGGCUCAGACCCAUACGGCAGAAGACCAGAAAUGCAGUUGUUAGUAUCACUGAUGAUGGUGAAGUUUGUCUGGAGUUUUUUCAUCACAAGAAUGGUCAAGAUAGGGUUUUUGAGGUUCUGCGGAUAUCUCAGAAUGGGAUGAAGAUAUCUGUGUAUCAGCCUAAUGGCAAGUCAGGCAUUCCUCUGUCGUUACAACCUCCCUUACCUCCUGCUGGGUGUGAAUCGACUUCCACAUAUCUGUUCUCUAACUUGCCAUCCAAAUACUGGAAGAAGUACCAAUAUGCCACUGGAUUUGUUCAUCUUGUGCGCAAAAAGACACCAAAGGUGACCAUGUAUUCCAAACAUGCAAAAUGUAUGCUGAUGGAAAAUUCUCCACAUGCAGAUUUUGAAGUCUGUUUUUACAAUGUCCCCCUUUCUGGAAGGGUCACAGAGGGUUGCCACGGAUAAGAAAAUGGUCAGGG